AUGGAUGCAAGAAACUUAAUUGAAAACCUCAAGGCAGAUCUGACUUGCUCUAUCUGCCUGGGCUACUUCACUGAUCCAGUGAUUGUCAAAUGUGGCCACAGCUUUUGCAGAGUCUGUCUUCUCAGGUGCAGAGAAGAAGCAGAUGCAACAUUGAACUGCCCAGAAUGCAGAAGAGUCAUUGAAGACAGUGAUGUGGUGCCUAAUAGGAAGUUGGAGAAUCUGUGUACCACAGGCAAAAGGCUCAGACCUCAUCUGCUUGAGAGCAUGGUAGACCUGUAUGUGUGUGAUCAUCAUGGGGAAAAAGAGAAGCUCUUCUGUGAAGAGGACCAGAGACUCCUCUGUGCUUCCUGUUUAUUAGCCCCAGGGCACAAGGAUCACACUGUCCUUCCCCUGGAAAUGGCUGCUCACAAGUGCAAGGACAAGAUCAAGCACACCCUGAAUACCUUACAACAAAAAGAAGAGGAAUAUAAUGUUGCACUAGAUAGAGUGAGAAGGAGAGGGAGACUCUGUAAGAAGGAUCUAUACACUUUGAAAGUAUCUGUUAAGGUAGAAUACCAGAAACUGCAUGACUUCUUAUGGGAGGAAGAAGAGCUCUAUCUAGAAACACUGGACCAGCAAUAUAAAAACAACUUGGAAAAACUGGAGCUCAACAAGGCCAAACUGUCACAACAAAUUCAAAAUCUAGAAAGAAUGAAAUUAGAACUAGAGGAGAAUUUGGACAAGGAGCCCUUGGAAAUGCUCCUGGAUAUGAAGGACACUUUGGCAAGGAAUGAGGAGCUGCUCCUUCAAGAACCAGAGGUUGCUUCCCUUGCCUGGAACACCAGCUCCAUCAUUGGCUUGAGAGAGAUGCUCAUGAGUUUCCAGAGUGAUAUAAGUCUUGAUCCUGAAUCAUCCAAUCCACAUCUCAUCCUGUCUGAAGAUCUGAAGAGUGUCAAGUAUGGAGAUGUCCCACAGGACCUUCCUGACAAUAAGGAAAGAUUUGAUGUUGCUCUUGCUGUACUGGGGGCCCAGACCUUCUCUUUAGGCCAAUACUAUUGGGAAGUGAAAGUAGGAGAUAAAACAGAGUGGGAAGUGGGAGUCUGUAAAGAUUCAGUCAGGAGAAAAGGGCAACUCUCCUCAUUAUCUGAGGAUCUAUUGACCCUAGAAAGCUUUAGAUCUGGAUAUAAUUGCUUCCUCUGGAAUUCUCAAUAUAGCAUUCAUCGAAGUCAACCUAUUGAAAAAUUGGGUAUUUUUCUGGAUUAUGAUAAAAGACAUAUAGCAUUUUAUGAUGCUGUAGAUGGAUCUUUAAUUUCUAAUUUCUCAGAAAUAGCCUUUGAAGGGCCUCUUCGCCCUUACUUCUCUCUGUGCUGUCGUAAAGGAGAAAGUGCUCCUGGGUCAAUUAUGCUAAUUAAUAUGGGAGAUUCUCAGUGA